CAAAAUGCAAAUACAUUUCAAGUUCCAAUGUGUUUCUUGCCACAUCUGUGGGCUUUGGAGACACACUUUGUCUGGUUGGAUGAACGCCUUUAUAAGCGACCCUCUAUAAACCAGCGCCACAUGGAACCGACUAAAGCUGCCCCGGCAGGUUUCAAGCUCGUCCCCGGCUAGAAACUCCUCUUAAAUCCUUCCUCGCACUUGUCUCGGACUGGAUUUGUCAUCCAGCAGUGACCGAUGGACCCAUCGCCCCUGCCCUGCCCGAGGACCCUCUUCCUCUGACUUCAGUCAGUCGGGGAUGUGAUGUGCAGCCUUGCGCCACUCCUCCGUGACCCUCACAUCGAGAUGAUGCACACUGGAGGUGCUGUUCCCGUGCCGUUUAUUUGCAGCGUAUGGGAGCUCGAAGCUGUCACACGCCUCGCGCACGACAUCCUCCUAUUGGCUGAGAGGGGCAGGGGGAUAUAUAGAGAGAGAGCAGUCUUUCACCAGUUCAUGUCUCUCCAACGACACGCACACAGACACACACACGCGCGCGCGCACACACAGGGCUCGUUAAUAGGCUCCAGAUGCCUUGACAGAAAACGCUCGUCUGCGGGCUGCGCGGAUUGCCUCUUCGCCUGUGAACCACACAGCCGUGAAUCCAUCUUUCUGUCUUCGACUGAGAGGAACAUUAUGGGGUUGUGUGCAAUUUCAGAGCACGUGGAGAGCGUAUUCGCCAGGCGGGGGGCUGUGCAGAGGUGCAGGGGAGAGCAUCGAUGAAGACACAGAGGGCUCCUGUGCGUUUGGGCAAGGUCAGAGUCUAGUCUGGAUGAGAUUAUGUCCACGCCGGGACAACAAGGACGGACUUUUACGCAUCCUCACUGGGGCAGAGGUCGCCCGGGGAUGUCCCCCGAAAACCAAGAGUUUUUUCUCUCUACGUUGGAUUGCCGACGCCGCGAAAAUCCCUCCAUCCGAAUGAACACGGUUGCGCUUUAUCUUUGAAAAACCCUCGCGCUGCAUGGCUUCUUUCUUGUCUCCUUCAGCCCGGAAACAAAGUUUCUAUCGCUCUGCGCGACGUGUGCAUGAUUCUAUUCGGCCCGGAUUCUUCUCAUCGCGCGCAGUUGAGCCCAUUUAAGGGCGCGUUCGAGGCUGCAGGUUAAAGACAGGGGGAGGAGGGGGGCUUCACCGGGGGUUGAAUUCCAUCAGAGCGACAGCAUCACAACAGCGGCAGCCAGCUGUGUUUCCGGACGAUCACAUCUGUCGUCGGUUUGUCGUCGCUGUCCAUGGUGCUGAACUCGUGCUCCAGGAAUGGUGGAGACGCUGAGUAUCGCAGUCAUCGGUGCUCCCGGAGUGGGGAAAACUUCUAUAACCCGCCAGUUCAUCUAUAACGAUUUCUCGGAGGUGUACACGCCCACCAGGACCCGAUACGUAUACAGACCCUCCGUGAUCCUGAACGGGAACAUGUAUGAGCUGAAGAUUUUGGACGUCCCGCCAAUCUCCUCCUUUCCGUCCAGCUCCAGUCAGGAGUGGCUGGAUUUGCGUUGCAGAGGUGUUCGCAAUGCCAACGCCUACAUCCUGGUGUAUGACAUCUGCUGCGUGGAGAGCUUUGAAUACGUCAAGAUGAUCAGACAGCAGAUAGUGGAGCACAGGGAAAGCAGCAACAGUGAGGUGCCAAUCCUGGUGGUGGGCAACAAGAGAGAUCUACAGCGACAGCGAUUCAUGCCUCGCAGGGCAGUGUCAGUCCUGGUGAAGAAGACCUGGAAGUGUGGUUAUGUGGAGUGCUCCGCCAAGUUUAACUGGCACGUAGUCCUACUCUUCAAAGAGCUGCUGGGCAUCGCCGUGGCUCGGGGAAUGCGCCAGAACCACACCUCCAUCCGUCUGCAGGGGGCACUACAGAGGAAUCGCUGCGCCAUCAUGUGACCCAGAGAGCACUCUCCACCCCUCUCACGCUGCAGUGGAGAAUAAAAUGACUUUUUAUCUAAAUGGCUGGAAAAAUACCCUGUGGCCUCCUGCUUUACUGAGCUGAUUUUUCAUAAUGAGGUUUAUUAGUCUCUUGCACUGUAAAAGACCCUCAAAUUUCACUCAUAGCCAUCCAAACACUUCCUGGUCAGAUUGUGCCAAAUGUGUAAAUGAAAAGAAAGAAGUAGGUGGGAACGCAGUGGAAACCAAUAGUACUAGCAUAGCACAGUAAUUCUUUGUCAUUUGAGACUUUGCUUCCCCACACAGCAGCUCUCCUUGAGCUUUGUCUCGUGGCCGGAGCC